GUACGUGUACACGUGUACUUUACACGAGAAAGAAUGUGCAAGAUCUUUGAUCAUCCAUCGUCCAUCAAUCCAUCAACCUUCAUCCAUCAUCCUCAACGAGCCAAAGCAAACCUUGAGGAGGCUAGCAUUUUUGAUUAGGUGAACGAUACCUUCGUUGUAACUAUCCAGCAAAGUCUGAAACAAACUACACGAUGACUGACAACAGAGAAGCCAAAAACAAUCGCUUGAAGGAGAUUCGCAAAUGGUACGAGGAAUCCAAGCGCACACCAGAGCAGAAACGUCAGGCAACGCUACGGGCGGGAGGCGAAUUGUUAGCUACUAUGAGGAGAAAUGGAGCCUCACCCGAGGCAGUGGAAAUGUGUGAAUCGAGGUUGCAAGGGAUAUAUUCACUUACGGCUGAUGUUCCCGAACCGAGAGACGAAAUUGUAUCUUGGACAUUCUACUACCAACCACCAGGUGGUACUGGUCGGGAGGUAACCAUCACAUCGGAGACUCGUCGUCACUGGAGGACUGCUACUACGGAAGAUAUCGGAUCGAUUGUAUUUCUGCUUCACAAUACUCCACAAGAAUUUGGAAAACUAGAUGGCCAAAACGAGGAAGAAGACGAAAUGUUUGAAGGCGAGUUUCACACUGUCGGGAUAAUCCACACUCAAUCAGGCCAACAAGAAGCUCCUGGGGCAGAUGACAUGGGGAACUUGGAGGGUGUCCUUGUUGUCCCAGAAGAAGUUCUUAACAACGUCAACAACGAGGCGCCUCCCGGAAAAAUCUUCUCUGGUCGCACCCAAACCGGCGAAGUCUGGUCUCCGGCUCCAGAUGGACAGGUUUGGAUGGAGCAUCCGCGCCUAAAAACUCCACGGGGAAUGCUCAUGUCUGAUGAACUACAAUGCCAUACCGACUUUUUUAUUCGGCGUGGUUCGGUUGGUGUGGAUCCAGAGCGAUUCUGGAUGGAGCGCGGAUCUGUAGCCCAUUGGUGCCCCAUUCUGCAACGGUUCAUCUCCGAAGGCGAACGACUGCGCCAGCAACAUUGGUUUCACAAUGGAGACGGGUCGGCACAGCAGCGUUACUUUUACAAUCAAAUUGAAAUGCUGGAUCGCCAUGGUGGCCUGGCCAACCUUCCGAUGACGAUCGAUGACGCGCUUGAUCCGGAUUUGGUCGUAACCGAAGUGCGAAGUCCGGACCAAGCCGUAGGUCUCAAGUUCGAUGUGGCGGAGAAGAACGGCAAAGUAAUCAAUGUCGACGAGUAGUCUAAUUGGUCCAAUCUAAUACUCUAUAAAGACUGUUAGGGGAUCUAACUCACUCUACUAGCUAGGUCGCGCUGCAAGCUGGAUGUUAAUAUGCUAAAUAUCUUUCACCCCUCUCUGGAAUG